AAUUGAUAUUGACAGUCACUCAUAGAGUUGAGUUGACACCAAGUAUUUUUUACUAAAACUAAAUGUGAUUUUCGCUUAAAAAUAGAAAAUAAAAAUGCUGAGUCGCUCUAUACUGAAACAGGCGGUUUUAUUACGAAACGUGAAGAAUGCUGCGACGAAUCUUAAACAAAUAAGGAACGGUGGCCAUGGUACCUGGACGUACAGAGCACCACCACCUUUGGCAUCUAAAAGGGAGACUUUGUUAGCAGAAGGUCUCGGAGCACUUUGCUGGUGGUGGAUUUUAUAUCAUAUUGCAACAGAACCUGAGCAUAUCUAUGGUGAAUGGCCAUACAUUGAUCCUAGUACUUGGACUAAUGAGGAAUUGGGCAUUCCAGAUGAUUCAGCUGGUCCCUUGAAAAAGUAAAAUAACCUUAUGUGGAGUAGUUAAAUUAAUUAUGUAAUAUCUGUAAAAUAUAAUUUUGUAGUUCC